AAACAUUAAAGAAAGCAAUACAACACCAAAAAACCACUACUAAUGAGUAGAUGAAUCCUCGCCCUCUCUUCGCAAUCAAAUCUGCAGCAUUGGAGAUUUGGAGCAACUCAAAGACUUCCAAAGAAUCUGUCUCGCAGAUAAUAUUCAUAGUCCCGCACUCCCAUGCUAAGACCAAACCCCUUCACAUCGCAAAGAGACGGCAAGGAUCCAGAACAAGCCUUCACCCACGUCCCCGCGGAACUCCUGAUGAUGCAUCCAUAACCCGCUUCACCCUCUCAUGGAGGUGGUUUCCUAUCUGUAUUAAGACCAUGAAUCUGCAAAGUCUUCUGUGUACCUCUUGUGCGAUAUUCUUAGCUCUAAUAGUUACUUUCUCACCAGACCAGACAUCCAUUGAAUUGAAAAUAUCACUAUUUUUAUGUCUCCAGAUCCACCAUAAACCUGCGAAGAUCAGACUCCAGAUUGCUUUAACUUUCUUUCAGUUAAAAAUGGCAUGCAAUACAGUUUCUCUGUUCUCAUAACACCUGGGGCAGAAAUCAGAGUUCGUUAGACCUCUUCUAGCAUGAAAAACAGUCACAGGUAGGGCUUGAUGGACACAAAGCCAGACCAUAAAUUUUAUCUUUUUGAGCGCCAGGACCAAUUCCAAUUAUUAAGCUCAUUUCAAUCAUAAGAACGUCUCAAAAGCAAAAGAUAACCAUCUCUCGCAUUAUCAGUCUUACUAGAAUUAGAAUUCCAUCGCCAGCCCUGUUGGGGUCUCAAGUGUAAUCUUGGAUCAAAUUUAUUAAUCAAUUCAAUUAUGUCAGCUGUGAGAGGGGUAGCAAGUCUGUUUAAAUUUCAGUUUGGGUAAAGCCAGAAAUCCCCAAGAGUUAAAUCUAUAUCAGAUAUGUGAAUGUAAGGAAGAGCAUUGUAUAAUUUGCCAUGAGUGGACCAAUGA